UCUCCCCCAAACCCUAGAAACUCUGGAAUUUCUCUCGAUUUCUCGUCCCAAUUCGACCUUUGAUCUCCCAAUCAUGGAGCCGAAGGAGGCCCAGAGUGGAGGGGACGCGGAUGAGGAGACGAUGGCGAGGAAGAGGGCGCGGCGGGUUAGCUUCGCGGAGACCACGGCUGUGCAUGUCUUCGACCGUGACGAGGACUUUGACACCCCGCCGGAUUUGCGCCCUGGAGGCGGCGAGGACUCCGAGACGAGGCCUCUUGUGGGGUUCCCUGUAGAGCACUCGGACAGUGAUGAUUCGAGAGGGUCGGUGCGCGAGGAGGACGAUGAGGAAGAGGAGGAACAGGAGAGUUUUUUAAGAGAUAUGAAUUCUUACUCCCCUGGGCAGUGUCGCUGAUUCCGUGACCUCCAAUGAUGAUGAGAACUUUUUUGGACCAGUAUCCACAAGUUUUAUCAAAACUGGGAGGUAUUCUGACUCUGGAAUGUCAGAUGAUAACAACCAUGACAUUACCUUAGAUUCAACAGCAUUUUCUUUGCAUUUCCGUAACAUUGCUCCUCCAGAUGACCGCACAGCUAAUUCAGUGGGAAGUGUCAGGACCCCGACUGAAGCGUCAAUGCCUGCUGAUUCUAGCAAUUUCAUGGUUCCAACCGGACACAAGAAGCCUAUUCCUCACAGGAAGCUUUCCAAUGGGAACAUUGGUGGCAGUGCCAGUGACUCGAACAAUAUGAGCCUGAUAAUGGAGAAUCCGAAUAGAUAUGACUACGGGAAAAUAUCUCCUAGGUUGGAGGCUCUCUUAGCUGAAGUUAACAGAAACUUUGAACCAGAUUCUCUAAGGACUGACUCUAGAGUGGUGACUUCUGAUCAUCAUAGAGUUGAGUAUACUGAUGCAACAGUCACUAGAAAUGAACAAAUACUUACUGAUGGCAUAACUGAGCAUUGUGAUAAUGGUAAUAACUACUCUGUUAGUGCCCGUCAACCAGAAGUUGUUUCACUGGGCAGUGGUGUGGAUCAGGUUGGUGACAGAAGCUAUGUUUCUAAUAUGAGUGCUGGUCAACAAUCACAUUCCUUCCAAAAUCAAGAAACCCAGGGUGCAAUUUCUUCUUUUUUUAACAAUGUGGCCAUGCAAGAUGUCUCUCUUGCCGGUACCAAGGUUAUUCGUUCUGAAAACCAUGAAAUAUUUUCACCAAAAGAUACAAACUCCAAAAUCAAUGCAGCCCAAGAAUUUGAUAAUGUGAACCAUGAUUCUUUUAGAGACAAGACAGAUGGAGCCAAAACCCACUCAAUUUCUUCUCCACUAUCUGAAAACAAAGUUCCCCCAAUGAAGACUGCAGAGGGCCAGCAACAGAUAUUGGAAUAUGAGAGUGGAAUGCACACCCCAAAAUGUGCCAUACAACUCUUUCAGUCUCCAGUUCAUGGUUCUGUAUCAUCCAUACUCGCAAAGAGACAACAGUUAUUUUCUGAUCCGGUAAAUGGUUCCACAAAAGAGCAGACACCCUCCUCUAUAAAGAUGGAACUUGAGAGACACAGUGAAAGAAUUUUGGCCAUUAAAAGUAGCAUAUCAAAAUUUAAAGUUCUUGAAAAACUGAAGCUUAUCCCUCACUUAUCAUUUUCUAUGGAAGACAAUGCCCAAUCUCAGCUUGAAGGUUAUUCAGAAAGAACACAUGAUAAUUCUUGCAGAAGUCCAUUGAGUUCUCCUGUUGUUCCUGGAAAAGAGAAUGCAAACAGUGCUUCUGUAAAGAUAAAAGAUCAGGAAUUCAGCAGGGAGCUGAGUGGCUUGGAAACUGAGAUCUUGAAUGACAAUCGAGGCUUGAGGCUGGCUCAAUCAACUCCAUCCUUUCAGUCCCCCAAGUCAGGAAUUAACAUUAGAAAACAGGCAACCUCUCAGAAACUUGUUGAAGGUCCAUCAACUUCUAAUGCAUAUGGUUCUUUUCAAAAGCAUACUGUAGUUGAGCUCAGAGAGAAUGGUGUACGGCAAGAUUCUUUAUCAAAGGCUAUCUAUUCUACAGAAGUGCCUGACCCUAAUCUAUCUUCAAUUCAAAAGCCUGACAGAGCAGUUAAGUCAAGCUCUGUCCUCAAAGAGAAAGCAUUCCACUUGACACACUCAUCUGUUAAUCAUGACAAAUUGCAAAAUUUUGCAACUGCCACGGACAUAGUGGAUAAUGUUCUUUGUUAUCACAAUUCCCAAAUGGAAGCGGAAAUACCAACAAAUGUUUGUGUUGGGAUCCAUGAUAAGGAUUCUGAGACUAGGAAUUAUUCUCCUCGGUUAAGAGAGAAGCUGUUUAAAGAGGACUCGGUUGCUUCUUCACAAGAUUUUACUUCAGAAAACAGCUAUGAUGUGGCCGCAACUAAAAAAAAUUCUGUCAAGUGGCUAGGGCCAGUGACUGCUGAGAAUCCUUUGAACGGGAUUGAUAGUUACAGUUCACCGCCAUUUAAAUGUAUGAAUACUGCAGAGCAUCACCCUAACCAGGAUAUAGUGAAAUAUGGCAAUGGUAACCCUGAUGACCACCAUCAGAAAUUUCUUUCUUCACCAGAACCAUUUUCUUCAAAGGAUGUUGAUAAAAUUGGGAAGAAAAGAAGAAUUAAUGAAGUUCUUCUCAUGGACAAGAGUCUCACCUAUGAAGGUAGCAAGACACAAAAGAGUCCAAAGACCUUGCCUGAAGUUGUUAGUAGCAUUUCUGGUUUGUCUCUGAGAAAUGCUGUGGAUGAUGAUAAUGGACAUAAUUUUGGAGUCCAGGGACCACUAAAGCAUUGGGCUGAUAUACUUUCUAAAGUUUCAGGGGCUACGAAGCAAUCAUUUUCACCUUCAGUUUAUAAUCUUGAAGCAAAACAGCUUGACAUUUUGGAAGAUGUGCUGGGUGAGCUGCAUAUGGCUAGGAAGUAUGAGGGACUGUCUAAGAAGAUCCUGUCCCUGAAAAAUCAAGAUCCUUUGGCUGACUUGCAUCAAGAAAGAGUAGCAGAAGCUAGAAGACUGCAAGAGAUGCUCGCGUAUGAACAAGCAAAAUCACAGUUAAAUCAUGUGAAGCUUGACCAUUUGCAUAAAACAUCACGGCAGUGCCAAUCUGGGAUUCAAGAGUGCUACAAGCUAAAAUCUAUUUUAAUGAAAUUUCGUCCAUAUGGUACAAGAUCUUCUCAAACUAGAGAGGCAUCCCUUUCUACUGUUUCAUUGGAUUCUGAAAGCAACAAUCAGGAUGAGCAACAUAAAUGCACUUCAAUGCAGCAGGAACUAGAAAUGCUGGAUAAGAAAGUGAACCAGCUGAUGAAAUCUUUUGCAGCUUCAUGCAAGAUAAAAGGGAAUGUGGACUGUAAUGGGGUUAUAAAGGUAGUUCGGCAACAUCUGGACAAGAGAGAACAUUGCUGGGCUAUUCACCAAAAUUUGCAGCUAUGGAAACUAAGCAAGAUUGAGAAAAAGCAAGAACAAUGUGAUAUUUUUCUCAACUACAGAAACCUACUUUCUGAAAGGUUCAUUUUAAAGACCAGACCAGCUUCAAAUUUGUCUAUGUAUAACUCAUUGAACCAGACAGAUAUUGAAAAGAAUUUCCCUUCUAUGAAUGUUUGCACGGCCUUUGAAUUUGUGUUCAAUGCUAGGAAUGAUCGCAGGCUUGCUGGUUCAAAGAGCUUGCAACAGGAAACACUAGCAACCAGUUUGCUUUUGGGAACCCUUCUUGAUGUGCUUGAAGAAGUCCAAAUAGCACUCUUUCAAAUUGCAAACUUAGUCUCCUCGACAUUUCAUUCACAGUGCUCAGGUCAGCUUGAAUUGCAGCUCUGCUUCCUUAGUAACAAAAGUGGUCGUAAGCUGAGUUUGAGUCUCAGCAUGACUGAUCUUAAAUGUGCGAUAUACCCCUCUGAGCCAGCUCAGCUUGAUAUCAAGAUAUUGGAAAGGCAAACAACAUUACCUAUCUCAAGCUUUGACAAAGUCAUGUCUGUGGUUCGGAGCCUUCAAAGUGGUCGAACUCUGGUCUUGAGGCUCUGUGAGAGUGUUUCUGAGGUUGUUCAAGUCUCGAGUUGAUAAAAACUCACUCCCCAAGAACCGAAUCCAAAAUAUCACAGGUUUUACGGUGGCUACCGGACCUUCUGCUCUGUUAUUGGCGAUUUCAAUGGAGGGCCGAUGAUGUGGUGUGCCACGGCUGCUGCUUGCUCGGCGUGCUCUCUCUUGCUCGACGAAAAGCAGCUGAACUAUCGU